ACUUUGUCUUAAUGUUUAUUUAGAGUUUAGGCAUGUGUUAAAAAUUAUAAUUUAAAAUUUGUAUAAUGGGUUUAUGUAAUAAGUUAUGUAGAAUUGAACCUACGACAACUCAAAAGAGGUCAAACAAUGUGACACAUUCAGGUUAUUAUGUAAGUCAAAAUCAGCAGGUGUUCAGUGCCUCAGUUUGUAGUUGUCUCAUCUUACACACUAGGGACGGAGGUUCGAUCACUGGGCCACUAUCAAAUAUGGAGGUGACAGAAGAAAACUUAGGCAGGCUUGUGGAGGUCUUGACUCACACAUUCUCUCUUGAUGUUUCGCAACGUCGUUCAGCGGAGCAGUUCUUAAACCAAGUUGAGGGCCAUGAGAAUUAUCCUGUGCUAUUGCUGACAUUGCUAACACGUGAUGAAACUCAAGUUCCAAAAAAUAUUAAAGUUGCUGCAGCUAUCAACCUCAAGAAUUUGGUGAAAAGAAAUUGGGUUGUGGAUGAAGAUGAAACCAACAAAAUUAGUGCCAAUGAUCGUACGGUUAUAAAGCGAGAAAUCGUCGACCUCAUGUUGAGGUCUUCUGAAGGUGUCCAGCGGCAGCUUUCUGAAGCCAUUUCCAUUAUUGGAAAGUCUGAUUUUCCCCAUCAAUGGCUAGAUCUAAUCCCUUAUAUGGCAGAAAAGUUCAAAUCGGGUGACUUUAACAUCAUAAAUGGAGUCCUUCAAACAUCAUACUCUGUAAUGAGAAGAUAUGAAUACGAGAACAAGUCAGACGAUUUAUGGCGAGAAAUAAAAUUUGUCUUGGAGAACUUUGCUCAGCCAUUAACAAAUCUUCUUGUGGAAUUGAUGAAAUUUGCUGGUGACAACUUGAACAAUGCAGUAGCCCUCAAAGUGAUCUUCUCAUCUCUAGUAUCUGUUGGAAAACUUUUUCUGGCCCUCAAUUCCCAAGAUCUUCCAGAGUUCUUUGAGGACAACAUGGCUGUCUGGAUGGAACAGUUUCUCAAUCUACUUAAUUUCACAAGCCCACUACUAGAAUCACAAGAUGAUGAAAUUGGUGUUCUGGAGCAGGUAAAAAGUCAAGUUUGUGAAGACAUAACCUUGUAUGCAGCCAAGUACAGAGAAGAAUUUGAACCGUUCAUUGAAAAAUUUGUAACAGCUGUGUGGAACCUCUUAUCAACAACCACCCUGGCAGUCAAGUAUGAUCAGAUGGUGAGUCAUGCUAUCCAGUUUCUGUGUGCAGUUGCUGAGCGGGAUCACAGCAAGGGUCUCUUUGAAAAUGAACAAGUACUCUCAGGAAUUUGUGAGAAAGUAAUACUUCCCAACAUGCAUUUGAGACCAUGUGAUGAAGAAUUGUUUGAAGAUAGCCCAGACCAGUGGGUGGCACAGGAACUGGAAGGUGCAGACUCUGAAACCCGGCGGAGAGCAGCCGUUGACUUCGUUAGAGUACUAUCUAGACACUUUGAGGCCAGAAUGACUCAGGUUUUUGGCCAAUAUGUACAAUCAAUGUUAGCUACCUAUGCUGAGAAGCCUGCUGAAUGCUGGAGAAAUAAAAGUGCUGCUAUCUACUUGGUGACGACACUCUCUGCAAAGGGACAUACUGCAAGACAUGGUGCAACAAAAAUUAAUGAAUUGGUCAACAUUACAGAAUUUUUUCAAGGUCAUAUUCUUCCAGAACUAAAGCAUCAAGAUGUUAAUCACCUGCCAGUAUUGAAGGCUGAAGCAAUCAAGUAUGUUAUCAGCUUCCGUAGUGCUCUACCCUUCGAUGCAGUGAAGAUCUGUGUUCCAGAUCUUACUCGGAUUUUAACUGCCCAGUCACCAGUAGUACAUACAUAUGCUGCUGCUGCAAUUGAUAAAAUUUUCUUACUUCAAGUGAAUAACCAACCUGUUGUGCAGAAGAAUGAUGUUGCUCCCAUUGCAGGAUCACUGUAUAUUAACCUGCUUGGGGCUAUGGCAAUUCCAGGAUCAGAACAAAACGAGUAUGUAAUGAAGACCGUGAUGAGGGUUACAAGCCUUAUUGAAGACGAUAUGAUGCAACAUGCUGGCCUCAUUGUACCACAACUUGUUAUUAAGCUUCAGCAUGUUGCCAAAAAUCAGACAAAACCCCAUUAUGUUCACUAUUUGUUUGAAACACUUUCUUUGGUUAUUAAGGCUAUUUGUAACUCUGUGGAUGGUGCAGUUUGUGAAUUUGAUAGAAAUCUUUUCCCAAUCUUUCAAGAAAUACUGCAGAAUGAGAUUGAUAGCCUCAUUCCUUAUGUUUUUCAAAUAAUCUCUCUCCUAUUGGAAAGGCAAAAAUCUGAAGUUCCUGAAGCCUACCUUUCAUUGCUUCCCUUUUUAGUUAUGCCUGUAUUGUGGGAGCGACCAGGAUAUGUAGCGCCCAUGGUAAGACUUCUGCAGGCAUACAUUGAAAAGGCUCAUACAAAGAUUGUGCAGUUGGGUAAGCUAGAAGCAGUUCUUGGUGUUUUCAACAAGCUAAAUGCAUCAAAAACUAAUGAUCAUGAAGGUUUCUAUUUGCUACAAUGUAUGCUUCUGCACAUGCCUAAAGAGGUCUUGGAAAAUUACUGGAAUCAGGUGUUUACCAUAAUGUUCAGACGCUUAACUUCAAGUAAAACUACCAAGUAUGUGAAAUCCCUCCUUGUCUUCUUCAGUCUGUUCACCUGCCAACAUUCAGCAGCUCGCCUUAUCCAAAUUGUAGACACUCUUCAGGCUGGUAUGUUCAGUAUGGUAAUAGAUCGCCUAAUUGUGCCAGAUGUUCAGAAAGUGUCUGGUGAGGUGGAAAAAAAGAUUUGUGCAGUAGGACUAACCAACUUAAUAACAGAUCCUAUAGUCUAUACUGGAACUUACAAUUCCCAUUGGGGUGUAUUAUUAGAAACUUUAGUUAAACUUUUUGAGUGUCCUGAAGAUAGUUCACUGCCUGCAGGAGAGCACUUUAUUGAGAUAGAGGAUAUUCCAGCUUUUCAAGGGUCGUCUGCACGGUUAAUGCAUGCUAGGAGAAGUGAUUCUGACCCCCUUUAAAAGGGGCAAGUGGAGAAUUCUCAAAUAUACUUUGCUCAGCGUCUUGCUCAGUUAUCUCAGGCUCACCCUGGAACACUCCAAGAGCGGUUGGCACUAAUCAACCAAGAUGCACAGGCACACAUUCUGAAGUACCUUCAACUAGCUGGAUGUAAUCUUGUAUGAAUGAAAAGUUUGCUGUAUAGAGUCAGCAGACCAGUAGAUUGUCUAAAAGUUAUACUUUAGCCAGUUCCUUUAGUGCAUGGAAUGGUUUAGGAAAUAUUUAUUUUUUCAUGUUUACAUUGAUAGGUAUAUAAAUUUCAUGUUCUUGUGUUUAAGUUGAAUGCAUCUCAUACUUUUAUAGCUAAUUGGGCAUUCAUUAAUAGUUAUAGUACCCAUUAUCAUUUAGAUUAUUAGUGCUCAUUAAUAGCUUGGAUUUUAAUAAAUCAAACGAGGAAUUCUGGUUUGAUUCUUCCUUGCAUCAAACUUGAAUCUCUGCAAGGUACUCUGUAACCCCUACCAGUUUAGUGCUUUCCCAUGAAUAAAAAUGUAAAUGCCCCAUUUAAAAAUAAAUUAGUAAUAUUU